UCGACCGAUUCGACGAAUUUUUUUUUUUCAGUGAAAGGUCCUUGGGGACAGCAGGAACCGCCGACUGCAGGAGUCUGGCGAACCCAGGAGACCUUGCCCCCCUCUCCCCUGUCUUCGCGCCGGUGGCGGCGCCUUAUAAAAGGUAAUUGUGGACCCCCGCGCCACUCUAGUGCACAUCGCCUGGCCACUCUCGAGCAUGUCGCUUUUUAGAUACUUGGCUGUGUUAACCCUCCUAGGCGUUAGUCUGGCCCAGGACUACUACGAUGAAGAACCCAGACCAAGACCAGCGCCUGCUAGAAUUCAGUCAGGCUAUUCUGGGGCCCAAUCAGCUCCUAGGCCUACUCCUGUGGCCAUCCUGAAACAAAUUAACAGGCACAAUGAAGAUGGUUCCUACACUUAUGGAUACGAGGCAGCUGAUGGCACAUUUAAAAUCGAAACCAAACAAGCCACCGGUGAAGUGCGCGUGGUUGAAUACGGUGCAGACAAACAUGGCUUCGAUCCCUCUGGCGAGGGCAUCACCGUCCCGCCGCCGACGCUGGUGGACGAGAGCGCCAGAGAUGGCCAGCAGCAGGACGGGCAGUACUACGAGCCCCAAGCCCCGGUGAGGCCCGCGAGGCCCGUGAGGCCUCGGCCGCAGCCCCAGCCGCAGCAGAGCUUCGAGGCCUUCUCGCCGCCGCAGCACCUCAACUCGACGGGCGCCGCCCCUGCCCCCGCUCCCGCCGACGUCCAACACUUCGACUUCGGCCCGCCGGCCCACCCUGCCCCUGCCAGGUCGUUUGCGCCCGCCCCCAGGCCAAGGCCCGCCCCAGCCCAAUUCGGCUUCGACGAUGACGGCAGCUACGAGCAGAGGCCCGCCCCGAGAAUGACGUACGCUCAGCCCGCCCCACAGCAGUACGCACCGAGGCCCGCGCCGCAAUAUAAAGCAACCUUUAUACCUCAGGCGUCAGGUCGUGGUGGCAUAUUGGACCAGCUGAGCAAGGACUAUGCUCUACCAAAUGACGGUGCAGCUCCACUGCACGAUAUCAGCUUUGGCUACUAUUGAUAGCAUUCAGCCAAUGGUGCGUAAGACGAAUUUCUGGUGUUGAGGGAGUUGAGGUCAACUCCAUUGUGAUACACCUAUUAUUUCUGUGAUGGAAUAAUCAUUUCCGCUUUUUUUAUACCCUAUGUAAAAUUUACUCUCUUACUGUUGUAGAACUUCUGUGCUAUUUUGUUUCUUUAUUUCCUAAAUAAUUGUUAUUAACUCUUCUUUCAGUCUUGAGUUUUUUUCCUCUUCUUAUUAUACCUAUAUGUCUAUGCAUGCUUAAAUGUGUCCCCCGCCCCUUCAUCCUCGUAAUUCUCAACAUAUUUUAUUGGUUAUUCAAAAACUUUUUCGAAUCGGUGCUCACUUUUUCUUUACAUCAACAAAAUACGGCUAAAACAAACUUUAUCUCAUAAUUCGAUGAAGCUCGUCAAUCUGAAUUCAAAAAUAUAAAUCAUUCAUUUAUUAUUAUCGACUGAAAUUUAGAUCAUCUCAUUCGAAACAAAUUUUUUCCAAGCCAGUAUUCUGUUGAUAUAAAGCACCAAUUCAAGAAAUUCGUGAAAAAUUAUUCCAGAAGAGUUUUAGAAAGACCAAAAUAUGUUUAGAAUUGCAUGUAUGAGUGUGGUUGAACAUUUUCGCAUUCAAUUCUAUUAUUUAUCAAUAACACUUAGGCAUUUGUUUUGAUUUUCUGGGAUUGUCUAUCCUCGACUAUAAAUAAAUAGAUAUUCAUUAUACAAGGGAUGGAAAGUAGUAGAAUUUAGCUCCAGCUUGAAUUAUCUCAGUCAAUAUUGAGAAGAUAUUACAUUACUUUAAAAUCAGAAAAUUAUCGACGUGAAAUUUUAAGUUUUUAACAGGAAUACUCAUGCGUUGCAGGCCGCUUUAUCAUUCUCUUGAAGUAAUCAAAUAUCUGUCAGUCUAAUAAUGUGAUGAGAUUUUAUAAAAUUGCGAACUUGUCUCCUAAACGACAUUUCACUCUCUUGAAACUUUUUUGGUGUUAUGCUAACAUAAUUUGGCACUCUCUAACAAAACUUAUUUAUGCCAUUAGUUAUAAUAUAAUCUUUCUCUAUACACUAUAGCAUCUUGAUAUUUCAUUUCUUCGCUUGUUUAUAGCAACUUCUUGUGCAUGUUCUUUCUAUUUGUUUCCAAUUUACAUGAAUAUGACUAUUCUAUAUAACACCUUUAUUUAUAUUGUAACCUUUCAACAGUUCUCUAUUUCUUCAAACCAUUUUGUUAACUAAUGUUUCCUUUCCCCACUUGACUUCUAUUAAUUACAUUCGCAUGAUAUGACAUAUCAAGGACAGAUAAUGAGGUGGAGAGGUCUAGCAUUUUUUGCACUUGUUCAUUCAGCCUCAUACCUCAGAGAAAAUCAACUUCAACUGCCCCAACACAGUUUAUAAAAAAAUGAAAUACCAACUUGCAGCCUCUCUCUGAUAGACUAUCGAGAGACUGACGCUCUUACUCGUGAGUACAAAUAUCCGAACAUCUCUAUAUUUUUGUCACCAUGUAGAAUAUAGUCUGUCAAUUUCUAACUACUUCCUGCUUACUUACUCACAAUGUAAUUAAGUUGAUUUCAUGUCUCAGGUAUUUGCACUCACUAUGACUGUAAUUUUGUAUAUAGUUGUAUUAUGUUUUACUAUACAUCUGCAUUUGAUUGUUUAAUAUUGUCCACGAAUUUAAUCAAUUGAAAAUAUUAAAAAUGAGUACCCCU